GCAGCUGAAGGGAGGACACUGCUGGUUGGAUGCUCCGGAGGAGACAAGCUUGAGAAUAACCAGGAUCCAUGCCUUUCCCCCCUCUUCCAAGUCCUCUUUGCCACCAGUGAGCCUGGCAUCUCUGCUGCGGCUAUGGAAAACUCCUCACUUCCAGAGCUCAAUUCCUCCUGUGCUCCUGGGCCCACAGACUGCACAGGGAGAGGGGAUGAGGAGCUGAAUAUGCCCCCUCCCCUGCUGAGCCCCAGCUUCUACAUCACGGUGCCUGUCAUCUACUCCAUCAUCUGUGCUGUGGGGCUGACAGGUAACACUGCUGUCAUCUAUGUAAUCCUCAAAGCCCCUAAGAUGAAGACAGUCACCAACAUCUUCAUCCUCAACUUAGCCAUUGCUGAUGAGCUCUUUACCUUGGUGCUGCCCAUCAACAUUGCUGACUAUUUGCUCCUGCAGUGGCCCUUUGGAGAGUUCAUGUGCAAGCUCAUCAUCUCGAUAGACCAGUACAACAUCUUCUCCAGCAUCUACUUCCUCACCAUCAUGAGCAUUGACCGCUACCUUGUUGUGGUGGCCACUACCAAGUCCAGGAAGAUGUCUUACCGCACUUACCGAGCAGCCAAGAUUGUGAGCCUCUGCGUCUGGUCCUUCGUCACAGUUAUCAUCCUGCCCUUCACUGUCUUUGCUAAGAUACACAAGGAGCAGGGGCGCUCCCAGUGUGUCUUUGUGUUCCCCCACCCUGAGAGCAUGUGGUGGAAAGGCAGUCGGAUCUACACCCUUAUCUUAGGCUUUGCUAUCCCGGUAUCCACCAUCUGCAUCCUCUACACCAUCAUGUUGUGCAGAUUGAGACGAGUGCAUCUCCACAGCAAUGCCAAAGCCCUGGACAAAGCCAAAAAGAAAGUGACGCUGAUGGUGGCUGUCAUCCUGGCUGUGUGCCUGUUCUGCUGGACACCCUAUCACCUUAGCACAGUGGUGGCCCUCACCACAGACAUCCCACAAACUCCUCUGAUCAUUGGGAUUUCCUACUUCAUCACUAGCUUGAGUUACGCCAACAGCUGCUUUAACCCUUUCCUGUAUGCCUUUCUAGAUGACAGUUUCCGGAGGAGCUUUCGCAAACUGAUGGACUGCAGAACCGCCUCAUAGAGCCAACACCAUUCCCUCUCACGUCCUUGCACUGUCAUCUGCUUCUCCUGGGUGACUCAGGAGCUCAGAGGCUGCUUAUGCUCCGUCCACCAUGUGAUGGUCCACAGUGCUUCAGGUUGUCUCACUACUGAAAACACAAACUGGGGACAGAUGGGUCAUUCUUAACUCUCCUGUGCCCAUUGCCUCAGCAUUGCUCUCCAUCUCUUUCACCAAUGCUUUUUUGUCCUUCUCUCUAGUGUGCUUUAUGUCCUAGGGCUGUAGCUCACUGAGCUGCAGCAGAUCCCUUUUCCAUUUAACAGGGUACUGCUUGGUGAGCUCAUACCACAUGAUUGUCUCUGUUAAUGGAGAUUUGUAAAGCCAA